AUGCCAGAGGCUACCUACAAUUUGAAUAGUGUGGCGGCUUUCCUUGGUUUCUCAUCGUAUUUCUGGGGGCUUUGCGUCUUUGUACUGGUUAUUCAUACUGCAAGAGAAAUAGCCAGUGAAAGGAGUACAGUAAAGGAUUUCCUAUCUGUGAUGGGUCUUUCAACACCGGUUUUUUACCUUUCUCAUGUGCUUUACGCUGGCAUAAAAUGCCUUCUGGUGUUGUUAGUAUGUGCUAUUCCACUCUGCACCCAGCUGGGACCGGUGAGCGUAUCACUGUUCCUUGUCACCGUAGUAUUGUACGGCAUGUCAGCCGUCGUAUUCGCUGCGCUAAUAUCAUCUCUGUUCAAGUCACCAAACACUGUCCUCAAAGUGGUAAUUGUGUUAUGGGUGAUACUGGUUGGAGCACCGUUCAGAGCUCCGCGUGUCGAUCAAAUAUUCUUCUGCACACUUUACUCGCUGAAUCCAAACGCGGCUUUCUCAUACGCUCUGAAGACGUUUGCGGAUUACAUGAAUCGAGGCAAGUAUAUCCUGGUUUCAGUCACAACACUUAUCAAAUGGAAAUAUAAACAGGGAAUGAUUAUCGUUUUAGGGCGUGAAUUGUCGUGGUCCAAUUGUUUCGAAGAUGGCUCCUUCCAUUUCACUGUUGGAGCGGCUUUGGUGAUGUUAGUGGUGGAUAUAAUUUGGAUGAGCGUGGCAACGUUGUUCUUCGAUUUCAUGUUCAGUGACAGCGAUUUCACGUUUUUCAAGCUGCCGUUUGGUAACAGUUACCUGAGCUCUUCUGCCACUCGUCUAGAACAGGAUGAUGGCAACAAUGAGACCGAUGAAGGGUUGCUGAGAACACGAGUUGGUAUUUCAGUGCAGCGACUGAUGAAGGUUUGGUCUUCAACGGGAGAGCGCGCCGUGGAUGAAAUGUCUUUGGAAGCCUACGUAGGGCAGGUUACUGUACUCCUUGGACACAAUGGCGCUGGUAAAAGUACUACCUUCUCGGUUAUCUCAGGAAUCACGGCUCCAACAGCAGGAACGGUUUGCAUCUACGAUCUCGACAUACAAAAGCAACGAUCAGCGUGUCGUAAGCGUAUCGGUUUGUGCCCGCAAGCUAACGCCCUCUUCAAUCGUCUAACAGUCGAUGAGCACCUCUGGUUUAUCCAUGGUCUAAAAGGAGCUAGUGGUUCUUACAAGGUCGAAGGGCAACAGCUACUCGAUCAGCUCAAGUUGGACGAGAAAUCUGAUGAGCUUUCGAAAAAUCUUUCCGGUGGUCAGAAGCGCAAACUCUGCGUUUCGAUGGCUGUGAUCGGCAACAGCUCAAUAGUGCUACUAGACGAGCCGACUGCUGGCAUGGACCCAGGGGCCCGAAGAGAUGUUGAGGCUCUUCUGGAGACUAUAAAAGUGGAUCGAACGGUACUGCUCACCACGCAUUAUAUGGACGAAGCGGAGCUAUUGGGAGAUCGUGUUGCCAUAAUGGCCAAAGGUCGAGUGUACUGCUGUGGAACGCCACAAUUCCUGAAGAAAAGGUUAGUGGGAGCGCAGCUUCAUUCCACCCUUCUGGUUGCCCUUCAGUAA